GGUUGGUUCAAUUUCCAGAAGUUUCUGUGACACGACGUUUACGGAUGUUCAUUUACGAUGUGGAAUAGAAUGUGGUGCAGUAUCGUGUGGCAUAUUUGGUUUGACGAAGUGGCACUAUGACGCCAUAGGAUAUCCAGUGGAAGAAGCGAUCAACAUUGAAAGAAUUGCUCCAGAAAAUGGAAUUUACAUAGCAGAAGGAGCGAGACGACAAGUUCAACGUGAUGUGGUCAGACUGGAAAAAUGUGGUCAGCUCUGGCGUAUUGUUAACGAUCAGGAACAGCGAAGUGCCAGUCUACCGUCAUCCAUAUUAUUUCCAAAUUUAAAACGAUUCUCGCUGGUCACUGUUCCCCAAGCGGUCAACAGGCUUCUGCAGACAAUAUCAUCGGCGAACGAUACAUUGCUUAAAAAUAAUGCUGCGAUGGGAGGGCGCAGAAAGAAGAGAGCGGAGAAAUUAGCAAUGGCAAAUGAUAGUAGGUCGAUUUGUGAUAAGAGUUAUACGGGUAAAAGUGUGAUGAACGAUUGCACUUUGUGCUUCCGUAGUCAGCCAAUGGAGAAAGCGGUAGGGAUUUUAAAGCAGCUUCAGAAAAAAAUGCAGCUAAAGAAAUAUAACUCAUCCUUCAAAACAUCGGAAAAAUAA